AUGGAUAUGUCGAUGAGAGAAGAGAAAAGACCAAAAGUGUUUGAUAAUCACGAUUGGUAUUUCGUUUGGAAAACAUGCGUGAAACGGCCUCUGUAUCCAUGGCGGAUCAUAUACUACGAUGAUGAUUCUUCCAGUUUGUUUGAUCCCGGUGAAGACAAGAUUUACGGGACAAAACUCCUCGGACUCUCUGACAAUAGCUAUUAUAUGGCUAGCUCCGGAAACUGGCUCUUGAUGAUCAAUCUUCCGUCAAUGGAGUCGUCAGUUCGCGGUGGAAAAAUAAGAUUCGAGCCAAGCAGAUACUAUAAUAGACAAGGCAAGUGGGGAUGGUUCGUCCUCCAUCCUUUUGUUAUUUGUUCACAUACAAGAAAGGAGAUGAUUCUUGGUGGAACUGGAAUGAUAAGUAUGGGACAUCAGCUCCGAUGUUUGGGGAUUUAG